AUGACUCGUAACUGGGAGAGCCAAGCCCAAAAAGGCAAAGACAUCUUGAACAAUUCUAUUCCGAAACAAUGGCUUCUCCCCGUCGACAGGCUGCCGCCAGUCUCGCAGAAGAGCGUGGUUGAUUUCCCCCGACAAAGCGGGUUGUUGAAUGAGCGCGAGCUUUCUAUCACUGAUAUGUCAGCCACGGCACUGGUGACCGAAAUGGGCAAUGGAAAACUGAGCGCGGAAGAGGUGGUGGUUGCGUUCUUGAAGAGGGCCGUGUUGGGCCAUCAACUGCUCAAUUUUGCAACAGAGUUUAUGGCAGACGAGGCAAUCACUCGCGCCAAAGAGCAUGAUGAGUACUACAGACGCACGGGGAAACUGGUCGGGCCUCUGCAUGGAAUACCAAUCAGUGUGAAGGAACACAUAUCCAUGAAGAACCGAACAUGCAACACAGGAUACGUAGCCUGGGUUGAUAAAGUCACCACGGAAGAUGCCCUUCUCCUCCAGCUUCUAUCCAAAGCCGGCGCCAUUUUCCAUGUCCGGACUAACCAACCCCAGUCAUUAAUGCACCUGUGCUGCAGCAACAACAUCACCGGCACAACAUUGAACCCACUCAACCGCACUCUAAGUCCAGGCGGGUCCUCUGGCGGUGAAGGUGCAUCGAUGGGCUUCCGGUGCGCACCACUAGGAAUUGGAACUGAUAUCGGCGGAUCAAUUCGCUGCCCCGCAGCAUUUUGCGGUGUGUACGGCUUCCGUCCUUCCUCACUGCGGAACCCUGUAACAGGGCUUAAAGUCGCUGCUUCUGGCCAGGAGACAAUCCGCGGUGUGGUGGGUCCGAUGGCUAGUUGCUCGAUUGAAGAUCUAGAGCUGUUCCAGAAAGCUGUAUUGGAACAGGAGCCUUGGAAUAUUGAGACAUCUCUGAUGCCUGUGCCAUGGAAGACGGCUGCUUCGACGCGGGAUAUGACCGUGGCUAUUAUGUGGGAUGAUGGCUGCGUCCGCCCCCAUCCACCUAUCACACGCGCUUUGAGACAUGCCAAGGAGAAGCUGGUAGCGGCAGGUGUGAAAGUCGUAGAAUGGGAGCCGUAUAAGCACCAGCAUGGCUGGGAAGUUAUUCGCGCUCUAUACUACCCUGACGCUGGCAGCAAGCAGCGUGAAGUUCUUGCCGAAUCAGGCGAGCCAACACGCCCGCUAACCGAUUGGGCUCUCUCCUAUAGCCGAAGCACGCCUCUUUCUCAUUCCGAGGCAUGGGCCCUGCAUGACCAGCGCGAUAUCUAUAGAGACGAGUACCACGCUCUCCUUAAUCGUCGCGGUGUUGACUUUAUUCUCUCCCCGACAUAUCCCGCUGUUGCUGCAGUGAUGGGCGAGUCCCAGUAUUGGAAUUAUACUGCGAUUUGGAACUUGGUAGACCUGCCUUCUGUAGUAUUUCCAUCUGGAAUUACUGUUGAUCCGAAGGUAGAUGUGUUGACGGAGCAGGACAGGAAGUAUGUUCCCAGGGAUGAGGCUGAGGAGAGGGAGUGGCGUAAGUACCAGGAUCCGGAGAGGUAUGAGGGCGCGUCAGUGGGACUGCAGAUUGCUGGGAGGCGGUUUAAGGACGAAGAGACCCUAGCGGCGGCCAAGGUUGUCGAGGAGAUUGUUAGAGAGAAGAAGCACUUGAAGGUUUGA